UGAAGUGCUCGUCGCUGCAUACUGAGGGGGGAAAGAGUCAGUAGAUGUCCUCUCAGUUUAAGGUUCUCCUCUUCCUCCGGCAAAAGGAGGGCGGGGGCGGGGUGUGUUAUAAACAUGACGGGGAGAGGUUCGACCACCCUCACACCCUCAAACUGAACCAGGAUACGGACUACAUUAUCACCGUACAGUCUCCUCUCCUUCUCAGAGAUUUAAUGAUUCAAGGAGAAAAGUAUGAGCUGAAGGAAGUGAGACCGGAAACGGGCAAGAAAUCAGAUGAUAACUUCCGGUUCUCUGCCGUUUUCAACACAUCGGGGUUUGCCGUGGAGAAAAGAAAUAACCGAAAAAAUGUCACGGUUGUUCUUAUGUUUGACGGGGAGGUAACACUGACAACGUUACUCCAGUGUAAGUUCUACCCCCAGUCAGAGACCGAUCACAGUCGAUGGGGCAACGCUCUAUCCUGGAUAGAGUACGACUGUCGCUUAACCGAGGGCCAGUCCGGAGUACUCAUCAACAAAGAACUAUUUCACUGAUAUCACCGUUAUUUGUCUCCAUUUGAUCUUUUUUUCAAGGAGGAAGAUAUUGAUUAUAUUUAACUGAGGGCAAGUCCGGAGUACUCAUAAAAAGAACUGUUUCAGUGAUAUUGUGUACAUAAAAAGAAAGAAAAAAACUAUCAUCGCUAUUCGCCUCUACUUGAUUUCAAGGAGAGAGAUUGUUGCAUUGUUUAUUUAUUAUUGAAUAAUCAUAAUAUUGAUAAUCAACCAAGGAUCAGUCCUGGUCGUGUUCUAUGAUGAAAAUGAACUAGAUAAAACCAGUACAUGCCACACCCACUACUAACUUUGAAUAAUAAAUAUCAAAAACGUUUUAAUACGAAAUUUGUCCACAUUGCUUCAUCGUGUUCUUCCUUUGAAGACCACUGUGGAUUAAGCAGAGUCCAGGCAGGGGAUAAUAGGGUGUAUUUACGUCAACCAAUAAUUUUUAGAUAUAUUAAAAGAAUAACGGUGUAUGGAUCUGCCAGUAAGUGGUCGUAUGGCUACUGACAAAGUCGAAUCACCAUCUGAAUAGUUUGACCUCGUAUGAGCUUUUUUUAAAACUGACUUCAAAUGCAAAAUCUACGUCGGCGUAGCGUCUGAAGUAUAUUGCCGAAGACUAUUUGAAAUACUAGUACAUAAAUGUUGUCGUUGUUGAAUUGUAUUGCUUGAUCCAUGUAUUAUACAAUAAAUAU